GCUGACGAUUCCUAAACUUACAUUUCGCCACCAAGUGGUUUUUUUUAUUUUAAGAAAUGAUUUUUCCAUUAAAGCCGAGCAGCAUCGGGGUGUGAGGUGCAGGAGGGCGACUGCCCGGGGUUGGUAUUGAGUGGGCUGGAGGUUGCAGGUUGAUGGUCUGGGUGUGCAACCUGUUUAUUUCCUGGUUAAAGACUCCGGCUAAAGGAAGAGGAGGAGGAGGAGGAAGUUAAACCAUGGAAGGGAACAAGGACGAGGCGGAGAAGUGUUUGCAGAUUGCCAGGAAAGCUUUCCGGGAAGGAGAGCCGGAGAAAGCGCUCAAAUUCCUCAACAAGGCGGAGAAGCUGUAUCCCUCUGCCGAGGCGAAAGCAUUAAUAGACGCAAUCACCAGAAAUGGGAGUGCAGCUGGUGGCGGGAAUCGAUCCGAGUCGGGUAAACCGUACCAGCGGAAAUCUGCAGACACCAAGGUCGAAAAUGGGCCCACGUUGGAGAAGGCGAACAAAGCUGACUCAGCCAAGGUCUACACAAAAGAGCAGCUGGAAGGAGUCCAAAGGAUAAAGCGAUGUAAAAAUUACUAUGAGAUUCUGGGGGUCAGUAAAGAUGCAUCUGAUGAGGAUAUGAAGAAAGCUUACAGAAAAUUGGCAUUGAAGUUCCAUCCAGAUAAAAACCACGCUCCUGGAGCAACGGAGGCAUUUAAAGCAAUCGGAAAUGCCUAUGCUGUACUCAGUAACCCAGCGAAACAAAGGGAAUAUGAUCAAUAUGGUGAUGGCCAAUCCCCUGGUAACUAUCAACACGGAGGCUUCGAAUUUCACCGGAAUUAUGAAUCGGAUAUCACUCCUGAGGAUCUGUUUAAUAUGUUCUUUGGAGGAGGAUUCCCUGCAGGACACACACAGCCAUACAAUAAUGGAAGAGCUCGAGGAUCUCAUCAAUCCUACCACAGAGCAGACAGAGAGGACGAGAGAGCUGAUGGAGGAUUUUCCAUGUUUUUACAGCUAUUACCCAUUAUUGUCUUGAUCCUGGUGUCAGUUUUGAGCCAGUUGAUGGUAUCUACUCCACCAUACAGCCUCUACUACAGAGCUGCCCUGGAACACACUGUUAGGAAGCAAACCAGUAAUUUGAAAGUAGUUUACUAUGUCAACAAAGACUUUGACAAAGAAUACACAGGUGUGGCGUUACAAAAGGUAGAAAAGAACGUUGAAGAAGAUUAUAUUAACAACCUUCGAAAUAACUGCUGGAAGGAAAGACAAGAGAAAAAUGACUACCUUUACGCAUCCAAGGUAUAUCGAGAUGACCGACUACGGAAAAAAGCAGAACUCAUGCGGAUGGAAAGCUGUGAAAAAUUGGCAAGACUUAAUGAUCUGUAUCGAGGAGGCUGAGGCAGGCAGCCAGGCUUUUUCAUUUAAUUUAAAUGUUUUAUUGUACAGGGAGACAUUUUGAUCUAUUGACAUUUUGAAAUAAAUUAUAAAUCUCA